UCCCCUUUCACCUUUUCUCACUCACAUUCGAAUUCAAAUCCUAAUUUCUCUAAUUUCCCAAAUUUUGUAUUUCGUUUUCUCAAAGUUUUCUCUUGAAAAUGUCAGGUCGUGGUAAGGGAGGUAAGGGACUCGGAAAGGGAGGUGCAAAGAGGCAUAGAAAGGUUCUUCGUGAUAACAUCCAGGGUAUCACCAAGCCUGCUAUUCGUCGAUUGGCAAGAAGAGGUGGUGUUAAGAGAAUCAGUGGUUUGAUCUAUGAAGAAACCAGAGGUGUCUUGAAGAUCUUCUUGGAGAAUGUCAUUCGUGAUGCUGUGACAUACACUGAGCACGCAAGGAGGAAGACAGUGACAGCCAUGGAUGUUGUCUAUGCUUUGAAGAGACAGGGAAGAACCCUCUAUGGAUUUGGAGGUACCGUCGAUAAGUUGAAAUCCAACGACACAGAAGAAAACACAAAAUUCAGUUUCCCUCUUCUUCUUCAUCCUCAUCCCGCUCGCUUCCAAUUACCAUACAUAAAUACUCAGAUCCCCUUUCAUCUUUCUCACACACAUUCAAUUUCAAACUCAAACCCUAAUUUCUCAAAUUUUCUCGCGAAAAUGUCUGGCCGUGGAAAGGGAGGUAAGGGAUUGGGAAAGGGAGGUGCAAAGAGGCAUAGGAAAGUUCUUCGUGAUAACAUCCAGGGUAUCACCAAGCCUGCAAUUCGUCGAUUGGCAAGAAGAGGUGGUGUGAAGAGAAUCAGCGGUUUGAUCUAUGAAGAAACCAGAGGUGUCUUGAAGAUCUUCUUAGAGAAUGUCAUUCGUGAUGCUGUGACAUACACUGAGCACGCUAGGAGGAAGACAGUGACAGCCAUGGAUGUCGUCUAUGCUUUGAAGAGGCAGGGAAGAACCCUCUAUGGAUUCGGAGGUUGAUGCUGAAGAUGAAGAAGAAGCACUUUUAGUUUAUUUUUUAUUUUAUUUUGCCUUAGACUUUAAUUUGAAUAUGCAAUUGCACCUUAGAAAGUUUCAAUGAUGUUUAGGGUAAUAUGUUAUAAGUGAUUCUCGAGUAGAUCGAAACUUUUUCAGUUUCAGAAAUAUUGAAAUCUAAUGAAAAGUAGUACUUCGAUUAAUUUACA